AUGGCGACACAUGAAACGGGUGGUGGAGCUGAUUCUGAUGAUUAUCCUGCGGCUGAAGAGGAUAAUGGUUUGGAUACUCAUAAUGAGGAUAAAGAACAUGAAUCGGAUCAUUCGGGUUCACCUAUACCUAAUGAUAGGAAAGUGUUGAGGGAUGAAGAGGAAAAGAUCGAAGGUCAUCAUCAUGGAAAAGGAAAACCGGAAGUGGAAUUACAGGAUCAAACGAAUUUGUUACCGGUGAGACAAGUGUUAUUGAUCAUGGUAGGAUUGUGUGCGGCACUUUUCUGUAGUUUGUUAGAUCAGACCAUUGUCACCACCGCUCUUCCGACGUUGGGUAGAGUUUUCAAUCGAGCAGACAUCACUUCUUGGGUCGGGACAGCUUAUCUUUUGACUUCUACCUCCAUGCAACCGAUAUAUGGUCGAUUGUCAGAUAUAUUCGGUCGAAAGGUUGUUCUUCUUGGCAGUUGCGCAAUCUUUCUGAUUGGUUCCAUCGCGUGUGCCGUCUCUAACAGUAUGAUUCAACUUAUCGUGUUCCGUGCUAUUCAAGGGAUCGGCGGUGGUGGUAUUUUAACUCUCGUGAUGAUCAUCGUUUCUGACGUCGUGUCAUUGAAAGAACGUGGGAAAUAUCAAGGUGUCACCGGAUGUAUAGUGGCUUGUUCUAAUGCUAUCGGGCCAGUGGUUGGGGGUCUGUUCACUGAGAAAGUGACAUGGCGAUGGUGUUUUUAUAUCAACAUCCCCGUUACCGUAUUCGCCAUGGUAGUAAUCACCAUCCUCCUUCCUCUUAAACCUGUCAAAGGUAGUGUCUUUGAGAAACUCCGAAAAGUCGAUUGGUUCGGAUCUAUCUUGACGAUCGCUUGGGCCGUCCUUGUCCUUCUCGGUCUCUCUUGGGCAGGUAAUCAAUAUUCAUGGUCAUCCGCUGCUGUCCUUGCUCCUCUUAUCCUUGGUCUAGCCCUCUUGGGAGUUUUCAUUUUCGUAGAAAUGAAACUUGUCCCUCUACCUUUAAUCCCAUUCCACAUCUUCAGAAAUCGUACCGUCGCCGCAGCCCUUUUGACCACUUGGUUCAACGGUAUGAUCUUCUUCGGUACUUUAUACUAUCUUCCGAAUUACUUUCAAGUGGUCCGAGGUGAUUCCGCCAUCAGAUCAGGUGUACUCAUUUUACCCGUGGUCCUCACGCAAACAGUUUGUUCUUUUACAGCAGGUAUGAUCCAAUCUCGUACCGGUGAUUAUUAUUACAACUUAGUGGCUGGGUUCGGAAUUUGGACAAUUGGGAUAGGUUUAUUAUCUUCCAUCGAUGAGACUACCAGUACUGCCAAGAUAGUGAUUUUCGGCUUGAUAGAUGGUAUCGGGGCUGGACAAACUUUUCAAACGAGUUUGGUCGCGAUUCAAGCAGCCGUACAGAGAAGCGAAAUGGCCACGGCGACAGGAUGUCGAAAUUUUGUGAGGAUGUUAGGAGGGACUAUCGGUUUGACAGUUUGUUCAGCUUUGGUGAAUAAUAUAGUCCGACAAAAUUUGAAUAAUGGGGGAUUUGACGCGGAAACGAUUAGGAAGAUUUUGAAUGAUCCGACACAGAUAGGAGGUAUCGGGUUGGAUGCUGUUCAUAAAUCAAGGGCUAUAGCGGCUUAUUCUGACAAAAUAGCAAAAGCUAUCAACGCUUGUUUCUGGUAUUUCAUCCCAUGUGCUGGAUUAUCUUUUUUCAUAGUCAUAUUCUUCGUCGAGCAAAUACCUUUGAAACGUCCGGACGAUCAACAAAGAAAAGCAGAAGCGAAAGCUUGGUUAGAAGAGAGAAAAGCUAAACAUGCUCAUAAACAUGGUGGUACUUCGCAGAUGGAUAAUGCGGUAACGACGGAGAUUGAUAAUGGGGUCAAGUCGGAGGUGGAUAAUGUGGUGAUGACGGACAAGAAAGUGUCAAUGGACAAGAUUGGUAGAGAUGAGGGUUUGGCGGAUGAGAAGAAGGCUGUGGAUGAGAAGAAGGAUGUGGAUGGUAAGAUGGAGACUGGGGAGAAGGAGACAAGAUUGGAGGAUAUAGAGAGGGAGCUGGAAGAGGCCGCUGGGAGUGUAGGAGGGGGAGGUGGGGCUGUAGGUCCACCUAGGGAGGUUGUAUGA